AUUCAGCCUGAUUUAAAACAUAGUUCCUCUUUUUUCCACCUGCAAGUUACUAGGUUACCUUUAAAUCUGUUGAUUGUUAUUAAUAAUUAUUACAGUGCUCUUUUUAAUCAUAAUUGACUAAUCUCUGAAUUUUAAAGCAGUAAAUAGUCAACUAUAAUUACCGAAAAAUCUAUAGGUUCUUAAUUAAAGCUAAAAGUGAUAAAGAUUACUUUCGCCACUUCUUCAACAUAUGAUUGACUCUUUGUUUAUUAUUCUUCUGUGGCUUUCUCCUUUAUAAAUUAAGCUAAACCAUGUGGUUUUAUUCCUGUUAAGAGGUGUUUAUAAAGUUGUUUCAUUUUUCCAAUUUCGUGCAAAUUAUUUAAAUCACCAUUUCAAUUUCUUAUCAUUGUGAUCGUUGAUUUCUUUUAAUUAAUCAUCUUAACAUUACAAGCAUUGGGCAACUUGAUACAUUUGUUGCUUGCAAUGGAUUCAUACAAUUGGGACGACUAUUGUGGAUCCAAAUUGAAAAAAGUUGUUGAUAAUCUCAUCAAGGAUUCACUUACAAAUUUAAUUUCACUUUCUCAGGAUCAGUGUUUAAUGACCGAAAUAGCAAUUUUUAGAAAAAAUUUGGAAAAAAUCAGUAUUAGGCUGAGAAAUGCGAAAGUUAGUUCACUUCUCAAAAAGGUACGCCGUCUUAUAAAUCAAUAUCUAGAAUUAAAUAUAACCGAAAUCCUGGAAAAAGAGUGCAAGGUUUUUCUCAGCUUAAAGUACGAUGGUAACAAGUGUAUCGAGUUACCGAAAGGAGUUGCUGUGAUAACAGUUAUGAAAGAGUUGAGGCAUUUAGCUGAUAUACUUGACAAAAUCUGUAAAUAUUCAUCCUAUGCUGUUAGUCAUUGUAUGCUUUGGCUGAGGCUUGGACAUAUGAUUCCACAUUUUGUUGUUGCACUUUCCACAAUCUCACGGUUAAAUGUUAUUUGUCGAGCUCUGUUGAUUUACGUCGCCGAUCUACAUGGUGGUCUCAUCGAAUUUUGCAAAAUAUGUAAAAACAAUGAAUUACUUGAUGAAAGUGAUAUAUCAAUCCCUGAUGGUCCGUUAAGAGAUCUGGAAGCAAAGUGUUUAGGUCAACUUGAUGACGAAGAAGACAUUCUCAUGGUUGAAGAUAUCGGAGAAGCUCUUAAUCGGAAUGAUAUUGACAGACUCACGUCUGUAUCAAAGAUACCGCAGGGUAACCCCGAUUCUGAACUGACUAAAAAUCGUAGCAAAAUGAGGGAAAGGCAUUUGCCGAGUCUGACGAAAUACAAGUCAUUUGAAAUCAUGAAACUAAUGAGCAGAAGGACAAAACUAAGAAAGAUCAAGAAUAAAGUAAACUCUUUGUUGAGUAGAUAGGUGAGAAUCUAUCCAGUCAUUAAAUUAUGAAUAGGAAUUGAAGUCAAGAAACCAUAAGUCUGUAAAAACGUAUAAUCGAAUCAUUAUUAUUCUCAAGUUUUGAAUCGAAAAUUGGCUCAUUGGUUGCAAAUUAAACUUAAAAUAGAAUGAUGUCUAUCGGAUAUUAUCAACCAAAAGCAGUUACUCUUCAUUAGUCCGACUUAAAAUUUAUUUACUAUUUUGUGUACAAAAUUAUUCUUUGCAUUUUUGUAUUCUAAAGAUUUGAUACCUUUGUAUUAAGAGAAUUAGAUAAACGUAUCUUUCCUCGAAAAUUACAUACUCAAAUUGAAAAAUGGAUCUAUCAAGUCUGAAAAUAAAAGAAUGCAAACAGCCGUAAU